AUGGUUUUGCAUGAUGACUGCAAGCUAACAUUCUUGGAACUGAAGGAGAGACGAACAUUCCGUUCCAUAGUCUACAAGAUUGAGGACAACAUGCAAGUGAUUGUAGAGAAACAUCACUACAAAAAAAUGCAUGGCGAACGUGAACAAUCAUAUGAGGAGUUUGCAAACAGUCUUCCAGCUGAUGAAUGCCGAUAUGCCAUUUUGGAUAUCGAAUUCGUCCCAGGGGAGAGAAAGAUUUGCUUCAUCGCGUGGUCUCCAUCCACUGCCAAGAUGAGAAAGAAGAUGAUUUACUCGAGCACUAAGGAUAGGUUCAAGAGAGAACUAGAUGGAAUUCAAGUGGAGUUUCACGCAACUGAUCUAACCGAUAUAAGUCUUGAUGCUAUCAGACGCCGCAUCAACUAA